CUAAAAGAAUAAAAUAAAAUAAUAAUAAUUAAAGAAAAAAGUAUAGAAAAUGGCUAAAUUUGUCCCAGAAAACGUUUAAAAAAAGCAAUAAAGAGAUGAAAAAUUAAGAAAAUCAGCCUUAGAAGCAAGAAAAACUAGAUCAGCAUUAAUGAAAUAAAGAAAAGCUGAAUGGACUUCUAAAGCUUAAAAAUACGAAUCUGAAUAUGUUGCUUAAGAAAGAAGAGUUGUCGAAGAAAAAAGAAAAGCAAGAAAAUCUGGAUCCUUUUUCGUACCUGCUGAACCCAAAGUAGCUUUUGUUAUUAGAAUUAGAGGUGUAAACUAACUUCACCCAGAUGUUAUUAGAAUUUUAAGACUUUUCAGACUUAGAUAAAUUCACAAUGGAACCUUCUUCAAAGUAAAUAAAUCCAGUUUAAAUAUGUUGAAGAAAGUACUUCCUUUUGUAACCUUAGGGUACCCAAACAGAUAAACAAUUUCUAAAUUAAUCCUUAAAAGAGGAUUCGCAAAAGUUAAUGGAUAAAGAAUUCCUAUUACUGAUAACACUUUAAUCGAAUAAAAUCUCGGUAAAUACAACAUUAACUGCUUUGAAGACCUUGUCCAUGAAAUUACAACCUGCGGACCCCAUUUCAAAGAAGCUAACAACUUUUUAUGGCCUUUCAAACUUGAUACACCUAGAGGAGGAUUCAGAAAUAAAAGACACGCUUUCCACUAAGGAGGUGACUGGGGUAAUAGAGAAGUUUUUAUUAAUGAUUUAGUCAAAGCUAUGCUUUGAGAUUUAUUUUUAUUUUGUUAUCUCUAUCUAUUCAUUUUUUUUUAUUUUCUUAUUUAAAGUGUUUUAUAUUUACAUUUUUAAUUAUUAUGAUUAAAGGAAAAAGAAAAAAUAAAAAAAUUAAGCAUGUUAUUGUUUUUAAUAUAAAUAUUUAAACAUAUUUUAAAA